UUACUUAUUGUGCUGUGCUGCAUGUUGGUCUCUUUGCCUUUCAUGAAUGUUUCCUAUCUUUCCUACAUAAAACCAUCUACAAAGGUAGUUGCUUUGCUCUUCUUCUCUUUGCUGUUGCUGGGGUGUGAUUAUGGCUCAAAAGAGGCAACCGGAGGAGGGUAAGCCUCGUUCUGAUGGGAAUAAUAGCCCUGACGAAAAGAGGAGGAGGUUCGAUUUGAAAAGUGUGGUUGAGGACGUGAUUAAAAUGCAAUCAGUUCAGCAUUUGCUAGAGCCAGUUUUGGAGCCGUUGAUACGUAGUGUGGUAAAAGAGGAAGUCGAAUUAGCUCUAAGGAAACAUUUGGCCAACAUGAAAAGGAACAUCGGGAAAGAGAUAGGUUCUUCUGAAUCAAAAAGCUUAAAACUGCUGUUUGCAAACAACCUCUCACUUCCAGUGUUCACUGGAGCUCGUAUUGAAGGAGAAGAAGGUCCAGUAUUGAAAGUGGUUUUGAUGGAUACUCUUACUGGGAAAAUUGUCAACUCUGGUCCCGAGUCUUCUUCCAGAGUGGAAAUUGUCGUUCUUGAGGGUGAUUUUGAUGGUGAUGAGGGUGAGAAUUGGACACCUGAAGAAUUCAAGACUAACAUUGUGAGGGAGAGAGAAGGAAAGAAACCCCUUCUUACAGGAGAUGUACUCCUCAAUCUUAAAGAGGGGAUUUGUUUGGUUGGUGAGAUUUCAUUUACAGAUAAUUCAAGCUGGACAAGAAGCCGCAAGUUCAGGCUUGGUGUAAGAGCUGUGGACAACUUUGAUGGUACUAGCAUAAGGGAAUCGAAGACAGAAUCCUUCAUUGUCAGGGAUCACCGAGGAGAAUUGUACAAGAAGCACCAUCCCCCAUCUCUGUUUGAUGAAGUUUGGAGAUUAGAGAAGAUUGGCAAAGAUGGAGCUUUCCAUAAGCGAUUGAGUCGGGAGAAUAUCAAUAGUGUGAAGGAUUUCCUGACCCUUCUUUUUAUAGACCCUUCACGGCUUCGCUAUAUUCUUGGCACAGGCAUGUCCGCUAAGAUGUGGGAAGUUACUGUGGAGCAUGCUCGAACCUGUGUGAUUGAUAAGAGAAUAUUCUUGUAUUGCCCUCCUGUUUCUCAACAGAAAACUGGUGUCGUCUUUAAUGUCGUGGGACAAGUUAUAGGAUUGCUUUCAGAAUGCCAGUAUGUUCCUCUUGAUAAGCUUUCUGAAACAGAAAAGGCUGAUGCUCAGAACUUGGUAAUCACUGCAUUUGAGCACUGGGAGCAAGUCAUAUCUUUUGAUGAUGAAGCCUCUCUGGUGGGCGGCUCCUCACAAUUAUCUGAUGUUCGUUACACCUCAAGCUCGCCCCGGACAGAGAAUUCUUGUGGAAGCAAGUUUUUGGCUUCACAAAAAAUAGAAGGGUUUGAUUAUGCACAGCCAAGUGCAUCUUCUCCAGACAUCAUGUCAUCAAUAUAUACUGUUGGGGGUGGGAGUGGCUUGGAUGAUUAUGCCUUGCAGGGUAUUGAAAGUUUGGGUCUUAGAUACGACCAGACUUUGAACUUCCCUAGCCAAGUCUCCAACUCCCUCAUCUGUGACACUGAUUCCUUGGUUCAUGCUUUCUGUGACGAGGAGCAUCUGCGGUUUUUUGAUACAGAUCUUCAGACUCAGAACCUUGGUUUAGAAACACAAGCUGAUUUACAAAGUGCUGUUGAUAGCUUCCUGUUGGCACGCUCUACAGCCGUUGCUGUUGAUAAGGCUAAGAGGAGAUGGGCAAAGAUCUCUAGCGUGUUGAAAUGGUUCUCUAUCAGGAAGCUCGUGGCUACAAGAAAAAAUGGUGUUCGAGGAAUUUAUAGAUAUUAGAGUGAUGGGCCAUAAAAAAGUUACCAGGUCACAGUGGCAAAUGUAGUCUUAGUCAGUGCUUCAGCGAGCAAAGUUUCUCACCUGCAGUAGAUGUGGAGGCAAGAUGAAGUUUGGUAGUUGUAGAUACAGCUGGUUCUUAAACCUUGACUCUAUGUACUGUAGAAUUAGUAAAUGUUUAUCCUUAAAUUAGAUGGUAAAUUUGUAUAUGUGCUUAAGACUGUGAGGUCUCUGGUUUUAGCCCCUUGAGUGGAAGCUCGAAUGCAAGCAAUGAAACUGGUUUGCUUGGAA